UCUAAAACCAGACCGUGCCUCAGUUCAUGCCCACCUACCGCCCACCCAACAGAUCACUCCAACCCAACCAAUCUGAGCAAUCCUACAAUAUCAUUCCAUCCACAACAUCGACUCCCUCGACCCCACCGUCCUCCGGCGCUUCCGUCGCAAGCUCCUCAAGAACUACAGCUCCUGGUGUUCCUACCUCGGCCACAAGCGUCCACGAACUGCUAGAAUGUCCUGUCUGCACUAAUCCUCUGUAUCCACCAAUCCAUCAGGCCUGGAGCAAUUGAUGAGGUAGACAUUAAGGCUAAGCAUGUGGGUAAGACCGGGUUUGUGGAGCAGAGGUCAUUCCCCGCAUCAGCAAUUUUAGAGAGAGAAAGGAACUGAACGUGGACAGUUGCUAGAAGAUCAGACAACAGAGGAGAACACAUCGUCACGCUGCAAUUUGUUCACGGGAAAAUGGGUAUUCGAUAACAAGUCUUACCCUCUAUACAAAGAGAAGCAAUGCCCAUAUAUGCGGGAUGAUUUUGCUUGUGAGAAGUAUGGAAGAAAGGACUUAAAUUAUCAGAGUUGGCGGUGGCAACCUCACCAGUGUGACCUCCCAAGGUUCAAUGCCACAGCAUUGCUGGAGAUGCUAAGGGGGAAGAGGCUUGUACUCGUUGGGGAUUCGAUGAACAGGGAACAAUGGAUUUCACUGGUCUGCUUAGUGGAGUCAUCAAUUCCUCAAGGGCUUAAAUCCAUGGAUUACAAGUUAAAUGGUUCUUUGAUCAACUUCAUGGCCACGGAAUACAAUGCCACUAUUGAUUUCUAUUUGUCCCCAUUGCUAGUGGAAUCUAACUCCGAUGAUCCAGGAAACAAUGGGGUAUCUGACCGAAUUGUCAGAGUCCAGGCAAUUGAAAAGCAUGCUAGGCACUGGACUGAUGCUGAUAUACUGGUCUUUGAUUCCUAUGUUUGGUGGCUGUUAAGAACCAAAAUGAAUGUUUUGUGGGGAUCAUUUCAAAGCUCUGAUGGAAUCUACAAAGAAAUUGAUAUGAUACGUAGCUAUGAGAUGGCUCUAAAGACAUGGUCAGAUUGGUUGGAAAUCCAUAUCAACCGUACCAAGACCAAAUUGUUUUUUGUUAGCAUGUCACCAACGCACCAACGGGGUGAAGAAUGGGGCAUGGGAACAAAUCAGAAUUGCUACAGUGAAACAAUGCCAAUUUUUAAAAAGGGAUAUCAGGGAAGCGGAUCGAAUCCUAAAAUGAUGAGAGCAGUGGAGGCAGCAAUUGAUGAACUGAAAACAAGAGGCUUGAAGGUACAAAUGCUCAACAUAACUCAACUUUCAGAGUACAGAAAAGAAGGCCACCCAUCUAUAUACAGGAAGCAAUGGGUGCCUAUAACUGAAGACCAAUUAUCAAACCCUACGAGUUAUGCAGAUUGUGUCCACUGGUGCCUUCCUGGUGUGCCUGAUACUUGGAAUGAGCUCCUCUAUGCGUACCUUCUUCAUUAUUGAUGUAGCAAGGCCAAACCAACUUUCAAGACUUUUUAGGUUCUGUAUUGAAGAGGUUUAUGUUUUAAAUCUGACUUGGUUCCAACCAACCUUGUCUAUAAAGGUUAUGUGAUCAAGAACUGAUCACAGUUGAAACAUAAUGCCUAGUACUAAAACCUUUGUUCAAAGAUCAAGAGUGUUCACUAUUGUUUGUUGAUUUUGCUUG